UCAUCGUUUGGUAGAUCUUAAUCUAUACGAGGCUCAGGCCCCGCAACAAAUCCCGCAACAAUUGAGGCACAGGAUGUCGGAAUGGGGCAACUGAAAUAUUAUGAGUGUAUAUGAUUGCAGCAAGCUCAUUAAUCAGAGGUGGCAAUCCCUGCGGUAGUAUAUCCAUCCCGCCCCGGUUGGAGCCUGAUGCCGAUUACAACGAGAUCAGUGGCUUUAGGGAUGUAGUGUCCCGAUAUCGCGAGUUAUAUGUCCCAUAUGUAUCAGAUAUCACAUGUACCAGGAAAUUCAAUAGGGCAGGGGAUGUUUUCCGUUGCUACCGCCACAUGGGGCAUGUCCUGUGUAUUCCUGUUUUGGACCGAGGAAGGGCUAGACGGCGAUCCGAAGCGGCCAAAAGUACAGGACUGGGAUUCAGAAGAGCCCAAUUGUGUCUGGAAGCCUUCCGGCAAGCCGGUCGACGAUGGCCUUAGCAGACGACCUUCACUAGUAAUGAUUCUUAUCACCCACUGAGCGCCUUUGACCAAAAGAGGUACUGGACGUCAGCCCUAGAUGUGCUAACCCCACAAGCAGCCGGGGGUAUUUUCACCGCGGGCGUGUAGAAGUGUAGUAGCUAUCCCGGUACUUGGUAACCGUGCCUU